UAUUGCACGGAGGCGCGAGAGACAGUUGGAAGGUAGAUGACGAACGGAGCUCCGGCGGGGGAUCGGAGAGGGUGGUGGCGUUACGGUAAUUUCUGUCACAUGGAAUGGCAGAUCUUGUUAGCUACGGGAAUGCCAACCGUGACAUCGACCAGGCAAUAAUUGCUUUGAAGAAGGGUGCUCAACUACUGAAAUAUGGUCGUAAGGGAAAGCCUAAGUUUUGUCCAUUUAGACUUUCUACUGACGAAUCAACUUUGAUCUGGAUUUCAAGUAGUGAAAGAAGUUUGAAGUUGGCUUCUUUCACAAGAAUUGUUCCUGGACAAAGAACUGCUGUCUUUCACCGAUAUUUACGUCCUGAAAAGGACUAUUUAUCAUUUUCUCUUCCAUACAAUAACGGAACGCGGUCUCUUGAUCUGGGUGGCAAGCACUUGACAUCAAAUAGUCCUAGUGAUAGUUCUGCUAGUGGUGCACGAGAUAGUGGCUCUCCAGAUUAUGAAUUCAAACUGAAAGUAUUUUCAUAAUCUUUUCAAUGACAAACACGAAAGGAGUACUUAUUUGGAUAAUUUGAGUAAUUCGGAAGAGUGAAGAAAUUACUCCUUCUACCGCCAAAUCAAUAAAGAAGAAGCUUGUAGCUUUGAAAAAA